CUUCAAAGCGAGUGGAUGCUCGCGCGCGUGUUCUUAAAAAAAGAUAAUUUUAAUUAAAUAAAAAGAAAAUAAGAUACCAGUGUAAAUUUUGAUAUAGAAUAAAGAAUACAAAAUUAAUAAAGAAAAUUCCUAAUUAAAAAAUGUAUUAAUUAAAAAUAUCUAAUUUAUAAAAAAAUACUAAAUAAAUCAUAAUUAAUAUUACUGGAAUUGUAUAAAAAAAUAAUUAACUAGGAUAGUAAAGGAGUUGUUGCGGAUACAAGUUGGAAAGCGAUAGUAAAGGUGUUGUUGCGGAAACAAUUUGGAAGACGAUCGAGUUUUCUGUACUUAGGAAAAAAAAAUUCUAGAACAAGAACAGCAAAAAUCAAAACUAUGUUGAAUUUUUGGUUUCAAAGUGUUGCUGCUGCUGGUAUUUGCUAGAAUGACUGCUGAAUAUUAGGCAGCUUACUUUGUAAUUAAUACAGUAGUAAAUCCUGUCAAAUAAUUACAACGAGUAAUCUCUUCCAUUUUCUCCUAUAUACACCCACACAAAAACCACAAUAAUAAUAAUAACUCCAACACAAUGGCAUUCAGUUACGCCUGCCUUACACUGCAACGUGUAGUUUUACCAAUUAUUUUGGUAUUGGCUGCACUAUAUCGUCCUGUUGGUAUAUCAUUUGUGUACCUGUUGAUGUUUUUCAUUUCACCUUUUGUACCAGUGGCUACAAAAAAGAAUUUUAAAACAUCUGUUACACCGUAUUUUAUAAUUUUAAUAGCAUUAAGUACAAUUCUACUACUAUGUCACAUAGGUCUACAAGUAUCGAUAUUGGCCCUCGACAUUGGUGACAGUUUUGGCACAUGCACUGUCAUUGAACGUCUGCUGAGACACGUCGGCUUUAUUGGAUUUAAACAUCUAAAAGUUCUUGCUAUUAUCGAGUGGCUAAUACCCGAAGUUGUGGUUUUCAUUACUUCUUUGGUAGUCUAUUUGGUGACCAAAAAAAUCACCCAAAAAGUAGAGCUUUUAGUUGAAAAUGGCAAUGUUGAUGCAGGCGACAUUGAAGAAACACUUGAAGCUAGUGGUAGCGCUACAACUGCCGGUGAGUUAACAGCUGUCAAGGUUAAUAAUGAUUUAGCGCGUAAACCACAAGAAGACAAUGAUAAGCCAAAUUUUGAUGGUCUUAUUAAAAUCUCGCCCUUAUUCUGUUUGGCUACAUUAUUCUUUUCGGCUGUCCUUAGACCAAGUGUACCAGGUGGUUUUUAUUUUUUAAUAUUUCUACUAUCAGGAUCAUAUUGGGCAACUUUCCAAACAUUGCAAAGGAAAUUUGCCAUUUUGUUACGUUUAGUAAUGGUGGUGAUUGUGGCCCAUACCAUUUGUAUUGUGGCCUAUCAAACGCCUUGGAUGCAAGACCAUUUAGAUAAAACAAGUUUAACGGCAAGAUUAAUUGGUUUAGAGCCUCUUAUAACUUCAACGUGUGCCAACGAUAUCAGAAUUAUAGUUUAUGAUACACAAUUCAAAGCUGAUUCAUUCCUUAAUCCCAUAGUUUUAUUCUUUACUUAUUAUGCAUUAGCAUUGACCACCAAGAAUCUCAUCAAGGCUAGGGUAACAUUGCGCCGUGAACAACAACGUCCUCAAAUUAUAACUGAACCGACUGAAACGACGCCUCUUAUGCGUUCGGCUACACGUAAAACAACGACUACAACAACUGACAAUAAUAGUGGUAUAACACCACAACAACAGCAACCAAAUAAUGAUAAUAUACCUUUAAGUUCCAUGGAUGCUAAUCAAUCUGCCGAUGUUGAAUAUAAAUCCGGUAUAUGCGAUCAAAUAUGGUAUGGCAUAACCGGUAUUGGAGGAUUUAUCUAUCAAAAUAGUUAUAUAUUUACAAAUGUUUUAAUGAUGGCCUGGUCCAUUGUCUAUCACAGUUGGCUAACAUUUGUUUUACUAUUGUGGGCCAAUGUUUUAUGGAUGAUACCAAAUCAACGCAAAGCCAUGAUGCGUUCAAGUCCUUUUAUAGUAAUCUAUGGUGAAUUACUAUUAAUAGCUCAGUAUAUCUAUGGCAUGGAUCUCAAUAAUGAUGAAUUACCUUCCAAAGUAGAUAUAUCUGGCAUUAAUCUAAAACAAAUCGGUUUUGAACGUCCUCAGGAGAAUGGUAUGCAACCGUGCAUACCAUUGAUAGUUAAAACCUCAUUCCUACUUAUGUUUUGGGUCACCUUGAGACAGUUUUUCAAAGAAAAAACUGACAAGAGACGUGACAGUACACUGGCCGAUAUCUUUGCACCGCUACAACUUAGUGUUGGUCACUCUAUUGGUGAUCAAGGGCAAGUUGGUGGUAAAAAGACCUCCAAGUUCCUGAAGAAAAUGGGCAUUGUUAUAAAGAAUCUAUUAGUUAGAUUAUGGAUCUGGCUAUUGGUUUUGGUUAUAUUCUUAUGCGCCAUGACUGGUGAAAAAAUGACUGGUUUUCGUAUAUGCUAUAUGGCGUUGUUCCUAUUUUUCCUGCUCGUAUUUCAGUCUUCGUCGAAGGCGUGGGUUAAACUUAUGUAUGGAUUUUGGUUAUUCCUAAUCUUUUAUGCCAUGUCCAUAUUGAUAUUGAUUUACACCUAUCAAUUUGAUAAAUUCGAUAAAUAUUGGGAACAAUAUCUAAACAUCUCCACCACUUUACAAACCGAUAUCGGCUUGGAACGUUAUAAAACCAAAGAUUUAUUUUUGCACUUAGUCUCACCCACCAUUAUUGUCAUCUUAACCGUGAUACAAGUUCAUUAUUUCCAUAAACGUUUUAUUGCGUCUAUGAAUCAACCUACUGAAGUGGUUGAACGUGACUCGGAAGAGCGUGUUAGACAUAAAUCACGUACUACUUCUCGUGUUGCUGAAUCGGAGGGUUUGGAAUUUGUUGAAUCUGCUGGCAAUUUAAUAAGACUAUUUUUGAAACGUUGUCGUCAUAAGACUGAAGUAUUCUUUAAGCAUUUUAAGGGUGUCAUUUGGCGUCUAUUAGAAUUGCAUUGGAUUAAAGUUGUGUAUAUAACGGCAUUUGUUUGCGCUGUUAGUGAGGUAUCCCUUCUUCAUGUACCUUUCGUAGCCCUCUGUGUCGUAGGUGUCGUUUCUAAUGUACGCAUGAAUUUCUUCUUCAGUCGUCUUAUCUCUCUGGUUGUCACCAUUAUUGUGUUAUCGAAAAUGAUUUAUCAAAUCGCUUACCUAAAUCAUGCCAAAUAUGACUACAAAUGCCCCAGUGGUGAAGACGGUCAAUAUAAGGGUAACAACGCCGAAUGGUUUGGUCUCUAUAAAGCAAGUCCCGAGUUCGGUUUAAUGGGUCUUCUCAAGAGAUACAUUAUUUAUAUGGUCAUUGCAACUCUGCACGCUGUUAUAGCUCUAAGACAAUAUCAAAUGCGACGCUUAAAGGGCAUUCAAAAUGAUCCCCUGCCAAAGGUAGCAUUUCCGGGUAUUGGAAGAGAAGAUGCCGAAAAGAAAUUGGAGGGAAUGAUUAAAUAUUUAUUAAAUUAUGGUUUCUAUAAAUUUGGCUAUGAAACCUGUUUGGUGGCAUUGGUCUCAACAAUAACCUAUAGACAAGAUAUUGUAGCGGUGGCCUAUUCAGUGUGGUUGAUUCUAUUAUUGCUGUUUAAGCGAAAAAAGAAUGCUCAUAUAUGGGGCGUUUUACAAGUGUUCAUUUUGUCGUCGAUUCUAGUGCAAUAUGUGCUGCUAGUGGAAUUACCUCCUUCAAUGUGUGUUGAAUAUGUUUGGGUUAAUACCAAAUACUCCGAAGCUUUACAACGUUGGGCCAUGCUACCCGGUGAUCUUCACUAUGAUCAUACAAAAAAAUUAAUUUUUGAUUUUGUCCUGCUGCUGUUGGUGAAUCGCCAGAAACGUGUAUUCACUUUGGAAAAUAUCGCUGACUAUCCGGGUGGCAGCAAUAAAUCGGUUUUGAAAGAUAUUGCAAAUUUGGGCAAAGUUGAAUUUGAAAAUCCCACACAUGAUUUCCUUUCUCAUAUACGCAACUAUUUGGACAUCUUUAAGCAUGCUGUACUUUGUGGCUUUUAUUGGGUCACUUUAGCGGUUGUGUUCUUGGCCGGUACAAAUAUAUCGGACUUUUUAGCCAUUGGCUAUUUAAUUGGUGCAUUUAUGUUCCUGUGGGAGGGUUCUGAUUUCUAUCUACGACCCAUACGUUCCAUAACCACACGCUGGAAAUGGCUGUUGGCUUAUAAUGUGGCGAAUAUUGUUAUAAAGACUAGUUUACAAAUGGUGGGUUGUUUGUUUAUGGAUACAUUACAAAUGAAAUGCUGUUGGGCUGUCCAUUUGCUGGGCAUUAGUUGUAGCAGCAAAGAUGUUAUGUCAGAUUUAGCAGGAGAUCCUGCAAAUGAGUGUCCUGCCAUUACCGUACAAUCAGUUUUAUUAUGGGAUGCCAUUUGUUUUGCUUUCCUUAUCUUCCAAUUGAGAAUAUUUAAAUCACAUUAUUUCUGUCAUAUUAUAACGGAUACAAGAGCUAAUAAUAUUUUAGCCUCCAGAGGAGCGGAAAUUAUUGAACGUUUGAGACAAAAACAAAUUGAAAAACGUCAAGAUUAUGAGGAAGAAGUUUUACAUAAAAUCAAACGUAAAAUGGAAAAAAUAAGAGCUACACAACAGAAAAUGCUAAGACCUUUAGAGAAACCCACACAUUUCGAUGAACAUGGAAAUCCCGUUUAUGGCUCAAGACCUCAUAAAAGGAAAGAAAUUAAACUGCAUCCACAGGCUGUACGUGCGGGAGACUACUAUAUGUUUGAAGAUGUUGAUGAUAAAUUCGAAUUAGAAGUUAUAACCGAUUCUGAAGGCUUAUUCGAUACAGACAAUGAAAAUAUAACCGAUAGUGAAAUUAAAAUGAGUCGUCGCAAAACUUUAUAUGAUGAGAGUCAAAAACCUAAAAAUAUUAAAGAUGGUCAAACCGAUAUGGGUCCUUCAACUAGCAAGGCUGGAGAAAUACCUUCGAGAGCACAUACCAGUGAAGCAAAACAGAAAACCGAAGUGGAUAGCGGUGAUACUGGCGAUGAUUCUGAUGCUGAUUUCCAAGCAAAUCCUAUUAUACGUUUAAUGGAAGCCUUUUUAGUUUCUUUAACCAUACGUUUAAAUCGUUUUUCACGCAAUUAUCGUUAUGUGAAUAAGAUUUUAGCGGAGGAAAAGAAAGCUCUUAAGGAAUCGAAUAAUAUGUGUAACAUGUUUAAAGGACGUUUCAUUGCUAAAAAUGCAGCAUCAUUAUUUGCCAGUGAUGAAAGUGAAGAUGCCGCCGCUCCUUCAACAUCAUCUAAACGGAAUUCAAAUAAUGCACUUAAUAAUAUUACAAACAUACAAGAACCGCCACAAAACAAUCACAAUACUUAUGAACCUAUGCAAUCACCAAAUCCACAACUACCACUACCACCACUGCCAACAUCACAACCUCCACUACCUACCACAGCCACCACCUCCACCAUACAAUCAUCAUCCGAUAUACAACAGUAUAACGAUGAAGCCAUAGUUUCAUUAGAUGUCGUUGAUGCUAGAAGCAAAGAAAGUAUUGCGGAUCGUAAUAGUAAAAUUAUGCGAGGCACGGAAAUUGCCUUUGACGAUGAAGAUUUUACUGCACGCGAUCACAAUAUAAUUGUGGAGGUUUUAAUAUCAGCUUGGUAUGCUAUAUUAUCGAAUACUGAUUUGAUCUGUUAUAUAGUGGUGUUUAUAAAUCAAGUGGUAAAUGCAAGUUUAAUUUCAUUACCACUACCCUUAAUGGUCUUCCUUUGGGGCACUUUGUCAUUGCCACGGCCAACGAAAACUUUCUGGGUUACUUUGAUUGCUUAUACCCAGGCCAUAGUACUUAUCAAAUGUAUCUUCCAAUUCAAAUUAAUUUGGGUCAAUUACCAUUACAAUUUACCCAAUAAUCCUUUGGGUAUUGAGAAAUUGUUUGGUGUGGAAAUGUCUUCAGAUUAUGCCACCUAUGAUUUGUUAUUGCUAUUGGUGCUAUUUUUCCAUAGAUUCAUUUUGAAAUCUCAUGGUUUAUGGAAGAUUGAUAAUAAACCCAUUGAUAAAUACAGUGAAGAUGAUUAUGAUUCCAAGUCUACGUUGAAUGAUACUAAUGGUGAUGAAGAUGCCAAUUCUGAACGCCGUAACUCGGGCGGUUCCGAACGUAAUAGCGAACAACGUUUAACGGUAUCUCCCAAUGAUUUAGUUAAACGUGUGGAGAAUUUGCAGCGUAAUAAGUAUCUAUCUGGUUUAACGAAAUUUUUCCACAAUCUGGUACACAAAGCUCGUCUACCUACCGAUGUAUAUGCUCUCAUGUUCCUGUGUGAUUUUAUCAACUUCUUUGUAUUACUUUUCGGUUUUACAGCCUUUAGUUCUAAACAAGCUGAUGGUGGUGUUAAAACCUAUUUGGCAGAAAACAAAGUACCCAUUCCUUUUCUGAUUAUGUUGCUGGUACAAUUCGUUUUAAUUGUUAUCGAUCGUGCUCUGUACUUGCGCAAGGCUUUGGUUUAUAAAAUUAUAUUCCACUUUAUUUCGGUAGUGGGCAUACAUGUCUGGAUGUUCUUUAUUGUACCCGCUGUAACGGAAAGAAGUUUCUAUGCUUCCGCCCCACCCAUUAUAUUCUAUAUUAUAAAAUGUUUCUAUUUGCUGCUCUCAAGUUAUCAAAUUAAAUGUGGUUAUCCAAAUCGUAUAUUGGGUAAUUUCUUAACCAAGAGUUUUUCAAUGAUUAAUAUGAUUUCAUUUAAAAUUUACAUGCUUAUACCUUUCCUGUAUGAGUUGCGUACUAUUUUAGAUUGGCUAUGUACGGAUACCACAAUGACUUUAUUCGAUUGGUUGAAAAUGGAAGAUAUAUUUGCCAAUAUUUAUUCUAUUAAAUGUUUACGACAAAUGGAAACAGAUUUCCCCGCUGUAAGGGCUCAAAAGAAAGCCACAUUUAUGAAACUGUUAAUGGGCGGUUCGGCUAUACUACUCAUCGUUUUUGCUUUAUGGGGUCCUCUGACAUUGUUUGCUCUUUCCGGUGCUGUAGGACAAUCUAAUGUACCCACAGAAGUUAGAGUUUCUAUACGUAUUGGUUCAUACGAUCCCAUCUAUGUGGCUAGCACGCGCGAGAGUUCUUUUGUAUUCGACGACAGCAUGUUCUCUGCUAUGAAAAAUGCCUAUAUAAAGGAUAAGGAGGCGUUAUCAUUCUUAUUGAACUAUGAUGCUUCAGAUGUAGCGGCUAUAAAAUUGAAAAGGAAUUCACCCUCAAUGUGGAAUAUAGCACCACCAGAUAAGGCAAGAUUGUUGUCGGAAUUGGAAAGUAAUGUAACAUUGGUUGUACGUUUGUCCUAUGAGUUAACACGUACACCGCCGGUUAAAAAUCAAGUUGGCACUGUCGGCUCCGAAAUCACUUGGGAAAUGACGGGUGACUAUGCCGAUAGAAAGAAUUUAGAGAAUAUGAUUAGAACUGGUAAUGAAAAUGAUACGGAUGCCACCAUACCCAAUAUAGUGCCGAAAUUUAUAAAAGUUUUAAACUCUGGAGAUCCUACUUAUAUAUCUGCACUGAUACCUAAAGUUAAUAAUACAAAAUAUUCCGAUUUUACUAAUAUGAGUAUAUCCAUGAAUUCGGCGGGUAAUACUAGUUUAUGGUGGGAAAUAACAGACUAUUGUGGGGGAGAUGAUGCUGUAUCGACAUUACUGAAAAAAUUACCUCUUUACGAUUGUUCAUCAGGUAUUGUGUUUUAUACGUUUAACGAUAAGAAAUUCCCUUCAACAUGGACCUUCUUAACGGGAGGAGGUAUCAUCGGAUUGUACACCACAUUCGUGUUAUUGGCCUCCAGAUUUUUGAAGAAUUUCUUGGGUGGUCAAACGAGAAGAAUUAUGCAUGAAGAUUUGCCAAAUGUUGAUAGAGUCCUGCAACUGUGCCUUGAUAUUUAUUUGGUGAGAGAAGCUUUAGAAUUCAUGCUGGAAGAAGAUCUCUUUGCCAAAUUGAUCUUCUUGUACCGAUCACCGGAAACCAUGAUCAAAUGGACACGACCACGUGAAGAAAUUGCCGAUGAUGAGACCGAUAGUGAUUCGGUGCGUAGCCGUAUGAGUGGGCGACGUAAUGAUCAUCCACAACCAGCUAAUGUUCAAUAACCUUAACUGACUGUGUCUUAAAAUAGAAAGAAACAAAUUCAAUAUUUGAAAGCAAAUUUCCUGCAGAUAAAUUCUUAAAAAUAUUUUUUUACAUUUAAUCAACAAGAAGUACAAAAAUACUUCAAACUUCAUUCUUAAAAAAUUUUAAUUUUUCUUUUUUUUUUCAAAGUACACAAUCAAAACUUAAGAACUGCCUACGAAUUAUUAUUGUAUGAUUUGAUUAUGAAUAUUACUACUGUUACCAAUUAAUUAAUUAAUUAUUGUGGAUAUUAUUUAUGUAUAA